CGUCAUUCCACCAACAAUCUGCUGCCAGUCUCCCGAGUAGCCGCAUUUAAAAGUAACAAUACAUUUUCUACUUUCGCUACCUACACAAGGUAGUAUCGUGAACUGUACAAUUAGAGAGCCGACUUAGCUUGACAAGAUGGUUACCCUCGAUCGACAGGAGAUUAUCGCGACUAACAAAUCGCUCCGUCUCAUCAAGAAUGAGCUUGAGCAUCUUCUUGAGAAGGGAGUUCUGACGGACGAUGUGUUCGACUCAAUUCAUAGAGCGCUUCCCGCAGAGACCUCACUUUCUGGUGCGCCUACACCAUCAACGCGAGGGGCCUCUGUCGCCUCGCCGCCGCCAGGUCCCCCACCGCAACAACAUAUACCACCUGUUCAUUCCAUGGCCAACUUAGCAAUCAAUCAGAACCCGACUUCCACUCCCGCACCUCCAGCAUAUAGCUCAACCGGUCCGCCCUCACUCCCUUCGCGCACAGGGCCUCCCCCUCCACCCCCAUCGAAGCCGAUCAUCGCCCACGCGAAGGCACUCUACAAAUACCAGGCUGCAGACGACCGAGAUCUGUCAUUCGAGCGCGAAGAUAAGAUUGCUGUAUACGAGUAUAUGAAUGACGACUGGUGGAUGGGACGCAACAAGCGGACGAACGCCGAGGGUAUCUUCCCUAAGAAUUACGUCGAGAUAGACCAUAGUGAGAAGUCAGGUUUCUACGCCCCGGCCCAACCGGUAUACGCUACAGCUACGCCAGGAGGUAACGGUGGUUAUCCGCCGCCGCCGCAGGCACAGAACCCGUAUAAUGCACAAGUUCCCCCUAUGGCGGUGGCGCAAGGAGGUGGUAGUCCCAGCACACCUGCCGAACCGAGCAAAAUAGAGCAGAAUGGAAAGAAGUUUGGCAAGAAGCUAGGAAAUGCUGCUAUCUUCGGCGCUGGUGCUACGAUUGGCAGUAAUCUUGUAAACAGCAUUUUCUAGGUUUGGCUCGUGACGAUCCUCUGGUUUAUAUGUUGUUAUUAUUGUUGAUGUUGCUACUCGUAACAAAUUAUAGUAAGAUUGCAAUUUGUACUAGCAGUCUAUGCCCGGGUUAAUGGUAUGCGGGUUGAUUCUACAGGGUUUCGGUUUGGUGGUUUUGGGAUGAUACGAUUUACAUUUAUCACCUACGUAGAUAUAGGUAAUUACAUAUUCAUGACCUA